AUGCAGGGCCAGCCAUCACCAGCACAACACACAGGCACCACUGAGGCAAUCCCGGCGCGCUACACUUUCACUGAGGCGCGGUACCCACAACCUCACAGCCCCAGCCCCCAGUCACCAGCCCACCACACAGCCCCCCAACCCCCAGCCCCAGUCACCAGCCCACCACAGCCCCAGCCCCCAGCCCCAGUCACCACCCCACCACACAGCCCCAAGCCCCCAACCCAACAUACUCCCAGUCCCCAGUCACCAGCCCACCACACAGCCCCCAACCCCAGUCCCCAGUCACCAGCUUACCACACAGCCCCCAGCCCCCAGUCACUAGCCCAACACACAGUCUCCAGUCCCCAGUCACCAGCCCACCACACUCCCAGCCCCCAGUCACCAGCUCACCAAACAGUCUCCAGCCCCCAGUCACUAGCCCACCACACAAUCACCAGUCCCCAGCCCCAGUCCACCACACAGACCCCAGCCCCCAGUCACCAGCCCGCCAAACAGUCUCCAGCCCCCAGUCACCAGUCACUAGUCCACCACACAGCCCCCCAGGCCCCAGUCACCAGCCCACCACACUCCCAGCCCCCAGUCACCAGCUCACCAAACAGUCUCCAGCCCCCAGUCACCAACCCACCACACAGCUCCCAGCCCCCAUCCCCCAGCCCCGAGCCCACCAUAGACCCACCCUCCAUCAUCUCCCUGAAGGAAUGA